AUGUUACAGCACCAUGAUGAUGAUGAUCCACCACCACAACAACCACAACCAUUGUUAUCAGGUUGGGGUUUAUUACCACACGACCUAUUAUUAUCCAUCGACAAUUACUUGUUUCCUGAGGAUCGCUAUGCUUGCUUAUACGUGUGUCGUCAAUGGUAUUCGGUCUUUUCCACCUUAUUCUACACGCGUGUCACUGUCACCAGCCCUUACCAAUGCAUCCAACUAUGCGAACAUCUUGAUACUGUGGGUGAUGUCAUCAAGGAGUUGGAUAUCCAGUUAUGCACAGACGACUUGGAAAAGUGGGCUCAUCCCUUACCAAGUCGAUGCCCCUCGCUUCGUGUAUUAAGAGUUUCCACCUUUACGAUACCACCAUCAUCCACAACAUCUCCUACUAUUACUACCAGCUCUCCUCACCACCACCACCACCAGCAGAGUGAUGAAUAUUAUACCCCUUAUCGAAAUAUCUUGGGAGCAACCAUUGACAAGUGUUGGACGUUGCCAAGCCAAUGUUUGACUACGCUGAGCCUCUCUAUUCGACAACUUGAAAAGGAUAGCGUGCUGCGGAUGACAAGUCAGCUACCGCGCCUCACCAACCUAUAUUUGAAUUGGAUCAAUGGUUCUUGGAAUACCAGCGAUAUGGAUAAAGUCCAUGCCCACUGUCAAGAACUUACGCAUGUGUGGAUUUCAGCAGAGACUUUCAUUACACAAGCCAAUCACGUUAUUCAGCUGGCUGACGAUGACGAUGAUCCCGAAGCUCACUUGGACCAAGAAGAUCACCAUCAUCAUCAUCAUCACCACCAGCCAUCCAACAAUGAUUUGAUCCAACAACUCUUUCCAAAAGCGGCAGCUGGUCCUGCUGCUCCACACCUCGUCGAUUUUCAUUUAUCCAUCUACCGUGGUCUAUCAGAGCACAUGUGCGACUGGUUCGUUUAUGCUGCUCGCAAUUAUCCUCAACUCGAAGCCUUUGCACUUGAAAUGCGACCCAAGCACCAAGAUCGUGUGGGCGAAAGACCCUUUGAAUAUGACUUGCUGGACAUGCUCAUGACAUACAAAUGGACACGGAGGAUAUGGAAACAAGCAGCGUUGCCUGCAUUACGUCUUUUAUUUGAAUCAUGCACACAGCUACGAUCCAUCCAUCUAUUUCAACUCUAUUUGCCACGUCACUUUUUGGAAGCUUUGUUUAAAAGUCGGCUUGAAAUGGAAACGUUUGGAUCGACAUGCAACAUCCACUCCAUUUGGCGCGUUGAUAGCAGUAACUGGUUUUUUUGCUCCACCUUGGUGACACUCUCGUUGCAAGCAUGUGUCACUGCGCCAGCUACCAACAAGACCUUUAUGCGCUUUUUGACAUCGAUGCCAUGCUUACGUCAUUUACGACUCGCUCGCUAUGAAAGCUUUUCGCUUGACGCAUUAAUGCAUGCAUGUCCUGAUCUCGAAUCACUCACACUCGAUGGCAUGCCUUUGUUGGAAAAAGAGGAAAACAAGCUGGAUGAGGAUGAUGAGGAUUCAAGUACAAAGGAGGUGCGAUUGCAUACGUUGGUGAUUCAACAUGCCAUUAUCAGCGAGACCUUUUUCAAGCAUGUACGACCUGGACUCACCUCUUUGAAAAUGAGACAUUGUGCCGUCAUUGGAGGAGGAUCAUCUACGUGCUGUGCACAGGUGCCUAUCCCAACCGAAGUCGAUCUCACAUCCAUCACGCUCGAUCAAAUGAUGUUUGAACAACCCACCUGUGAUCGCAAAAUGGUCAAGGUCAGUGGUCGGCUCCAACGCUUUGCUGUCAUUGGUAUCAAAACUACAUCCUCCAAAUAUCAAUGGUACGAUCUCCGACCCGAUAGCCUGUUAUCUCAACAAGAUGAACGCGUGCUCGGAAUUAGGCCUUGCAAUGAAAACAAAUGCUUGAUCGAAGAAGAAAAUGACAACAACAAUGAUGAUGCAAAUGACCACAAUAACACUGCCUUCGGUCUACAUGUCAACUGUGGCUCUGUUGAACGCGUGUUGGUGGAUGGUAAACGGUUGCUGGAUCGACCAAUGUUGUAG